AUGGUGGCGUUAUCAACUCUUUCGGGGCUCAGUGCCCUUCCCUUUCUGUUUUCUCUGGUUCAGAAUGUGUAUGGUGUUUCUCUUGAAGUUUCCACAGAGAAAGGAAACUCGUCUAGCCCUAUCUUGUAUGGCUUCAUGUUCGAAGAUAUCAACCACUCUGGGGACGGAGGUAUUUACGGACAGUUGCUGCGCAAUAAUGGCCUGCAGGGAAGCAAGCCUGGCCUAACUGCGUGGGCUGCCGUUGGCGAUGCCACCAUCGCCGUUGACGCACAGAAUCCCUUGACCGAGGCGAUCCCGCAUAGUUUAAAGCUCGACGUCAAACAGGGUGCUUCCGGUGCUGUUGGAUUCACCAACGAAGGUUACUGGGGAGUCCCGGUAGAUGGAAGCGAGUUCUUGAACACGUUCUGGAUCAAGGGCAACUUCUCCGGCGACAUCACGGUUCGACUGGUGGGCAACAACACUGGUACCGAGUAUGGCUCGACGAAGAUCUCGCAAUCCUCGAACUCAAGCAACUUCACCAAAGUUUUGGCAAAGAUUCCUACCAAGAAGGCUCCUGAUGGUGCUGUUCUCUAUGAGCUCACCGUUGACGGAGCGUCGGUUGGUGGUUCCUCAUUGAACUUUGGGCUCUUUGAGCUUUUCCCUCAGACUUACAAGUCACGGUCUAAUGGGCUCAAGCCUCAGGUGGCUCAGCCAUUGGCAGACAUGAAGGGAUCUUUCUUGCGAUUCCCUGGAGGUAACAAUCUUGAGGGAGCAAGCGAAGCCAGGAGAUGGAAGUGGAAUGAAACGAUCGGUCCCGUGGAAAACCGUCCCGGACGCCAAGGCGACUGGUCAUACUACAACACAGACGGGCUGGGCCUUGAUGAGUACUUUUACUGGUGCGAGGAUAUGGGGCUUACCCCUGUCCUGGGUGUUUGGGCUGGCUUUGCUUUGGAGUCCGGUGGCAACACACCGAUCACUGGCGACGCCCUGAAGCCUUACAUCGAUGAUUACGUUCUUGGUGACGCAAGCACGAAAUAUGGCUCCCUUCGUGCAUCGUACGGGCGCAAGGAACCCUGGAAACUUACCAUGGUGGAGAUCGGUAAUGAGGACAUGCUAGGCGGCGGUUGUGAAUCCUAUGUGGAGCGCUUCACGGCUUUUUCCGAUGCGAUCCACGCUGCCUAUCCGGAUCUUACCAUCAUCGCUAGCACCGACCAAUCAUCAUGUCUUCCCAGUAAGCUGCCAGAAGGCGCUUGGGUCGACUACCAUAACUACAAUACCGCCGAUAACCUCGUGAAGCAAUUCAGCCAAUUCGAUAACAAGGAUCGAUCCGUCCCGUACUUCAUCGGGGAGUAUUCGUGCCAGCAGGACAACGCGUGGCCCUUCAUGCAGGGAUCCGUUGCUGAGGCCGUGUACAUGAUCGGUAUUGAGAGGAACAGCGAUGUGGUUAAGAUGGCGGCAUAUGCCCCUCUUUUGCAACUGCCGAACCUCAUUGCCUUCACACAGAACCCCAGCACGGUCAUUGAAACUACCAGCUACUAUGUGCAGCAGAUGUUCUCUGUGAACCGUGGAGACACUAUCCACAACGUGACGUCUGAUUCUGCCUUCGGGCCUGUUUACUGGGUUGCCUCCAGUGCUGACGACAAGUAUUACGUGAAAUUGGCCAACUACGGAGCUGAUACCCAGGAGAUCACCGUUACAAUCUCCGGGAAGACGGGCGGCAAAUUGACAGUUCUUGCCGACAGUGACCCGAAGGCGUUCAAUUCUGAUACCCAGACUCUGGUUACACCCAGUGAGUCGGAUAUGAAGGCGACGAAUGGCAAGUUCACUUUCACGCUGCCGGCUUGGUCGGUGGGUGUUCUUGCUGCUCAUUGA